AAGCGGUAUGGCAGUUGGGAUUAUUUUUUAUUUCUUUUGCUCUUAUAUUGCUUAAGCUGAGGAUGCUUCAGAGCCUAUAAGAAAUUUUUACAAAAUUUUUAUUAAGAAAUAACAUUUCCAGAGCAGCAGUGCAGAUCAUAACAGGGAUCAUCUUUAUUUAUUUAUUUUUUUGCUCUUAUAUUGCUUUGGCUAAGGAUGCUUCAAAGCCUAUAAGAAGUUUUGGCAAAAUUCUUAUUAAGAAAUUACAUUUCAAAAGCAGCAGUGCACAUCAUAACAGGGACCAUCUUUAUUUAUUUAUUUUUUGCUCUUAUAUUGCUUUAGCUAAGGAUGCUUCAAAGCCUAUAAGAAGUUUUGGCUAAAUUCUUAUUAAGAAAUAAAAUUUCAAAAGUAGCAGUGCACAUCAUAACAGGGAACAUCCAAGGUGAUCUUAAGCUAUACAGGUCCAAGUUUAUGAAGCAAGCACAUCCUUUUUAUGAAACUGUGAUUAUAUGUUCAGUAUUAUUUCAAUGUUUUACCCGUGUAAUAAGGUACUCUUUCUUCCUCUAUCUGCUUUUCCUUAUGAAGUUUUGCUAUGUUUCAAUGCAUUUCACUGAUUUGUAGUGAUAAUGCAGGCCCAGUGCAUGCUGCUUUCAUUGGCCUUGGAUUGGAACCCUUGAAGCACGGCAUAGAAGUUGCCCCUUAUAGGUACUACUUUGAUACUCUUUUCCCCCGUGUCCCUGUUCCUGUAGUGCGGCAGGUUGCAUCUAAUCUUGAAAAGAUGAAGCUCCCUACAAAACCUUCUGGUGCAAUUGGGGAUUCCAAUCGUCAUGGAUCUGAUGACACUGCCCGUCGACCACAUUCUGUGAAAGCUGCACUUUCAGUCUCUUUUGGUCAGCGUGCCCCUCAUCGGGCAACAACCAGGGGCUCCUCUCCUGUUCGUCGCACUGUACCACCACCUGGCAGUGAUGACCUAUGGGGAUCUCCCAGCAGCUGUUGUUGUUCCUCGAGCAUUCUCCUCCAUCUCCACAUCACGUCAAUGUUGUGCCUCGGUCACAAAAUCAACCAGAGCCGUGAAUAUUCUGAUAGAAAAUAUUCUGACUGGGAUAGGGAUCGCAAUCACUGCAGAGAUGGAGAACGAGAUCAUGAUUAUCAAGGGGAUUGUGAGUACGGCAGGGGAGGUGAUCAUUAUAAAGAGCGAAAUCAGGGUGGGGACCGUGAUAGCACCAGGAGCCGGCAAAGAGAUCGAGAUAGAAACCGGUUCUAUGACAGGGAGAUGGAUAGGGAUAGAGAUAGAGAGCAGAGGCACGAUCAUGAUAGGCGGUCCAGAUAUGCAGAGAGAAGGGACUACGAGGACAGGCAUUAUAGAGAAGCUAGCCCUCUAAGAAGCCGCCGUAGGAGCAGGAGCCAAAGCGUGCAAGCUACUGGCAAUGGUCCCUUUGAUCGUGAUUCAAGUCACCUGAGGGAUGGGAGCAAGGAGAAGACACCCGCAUCUAUUAACUUGGCAAAGCUUAAAGACCUGUACGGUGAUUUAAGUGAACGGAAGGGGGAUACGAAUGAGAGGAUUCCCAUGAGAGAUACUAGCAGUGAAGAGGUGAUUAGACUUGGCGGUACUACCUGGAAAUAAUUCAGGGGCAAAACAGAUGGUGUCUCAUCUCAUGCAAUGUUUGCUAGUCAGAUUGAGAAGCAAACUCCAAAUCUUUCUCGCUUUCUCUCCCUGCUGAAUUCAAGCAGCUAACUGCUGUCAUGUAUAUUAGUAAUUUUUCUUAUCUUGCACAUUAUUCAAUCCUGAUGGUGGAGUUAAUGUCCUAAGAAGUUGGGAAGGCAUUUUGUUGUAUCAUCCCUUGAGUGACUGAAAUGAUGGUGAGUCUACAUUGUCCCCUGUGUGAGUGUCAAAGCAUGGACAUGGCUAAGGUUAUUGGUACAAAAGAUUUUCUGAAGACAAUUAAUUUAAAUUGUAAUU